AUGUUUGCGCGGCUCGACUGCUUCGAGGCCAUCUUGUAUAAAUCCUUCAACGACGAACCUCGCCGGAAACUGGCUGUUUUGCUGCGGUUCUGGGUGAAUAUGUUGCGAAGCGGAAGGCUUAUUACCACAGACAUUACCAAGCAUAUACAAGAAGCCCUCGCAGAAUGUGGCUGGCCUGAUGCAGCCAACCUCCGACAGCAGGACGCCUCUGAAGCAUUCACUUUCAUAACGGGAGCACUUGAGCUUCCUCUCCUCACCCUCAAAAUGGACAUCUAUCACACUGGAAAGGAAGAUGCCAGUGAUGACCACAAGUUCAUUAACGAAAGACUACUUGAGGUGGCCCUUCCACCCGAACCCACUGAUGGGUCAACCCUGACCCUCGAAGACUGCUUGGAAGCUUACUUCAACAAUCGAAUUGAAGUGAAGCGGCAUUUAGAACGGCGGAAUACCGUUAGCUCCGUUCGCUCUGUGGAUUCAAUGUCUAUUUCGAAGGGUUUUACAGCACAUAUCGAGGAAAUUGAAACAACACCGACUCUAUCCCCAGCUCAAUCUAACUCGCCCCAGGUUGAGCGGCCCAGCCCAUGGACAUCCGUUUCAGAUACCUCCGAAACUAUGCCAAGAAGAGGGAUUACCCGGCGAGACAGCAUUGUUCAAGAACGAUUUAUUCCCGAUCCAACAGAUGUAACGACGAAUAAUCAGCCCCCAUCAGGUUCAGACCCCCAACAGCGAAGAGGCAUAUUUAGGAAGGAAGUAAUGAUGCCAGCUUGGCAAUUCUUCAGUCUGAUCCCAUGGUACACGGAGAAUUCACCGACAAACGAUGCUCAAGUGGCAGCACACUUUGCUUCCAAACGACCCAUUCUUGGCAUGUGUUUGAAGCGCUAUUCCUUUACUCCAAACGGGAACGCCACUCGACGGGAUACAUACAUCGACAUUCCAACUGAGAUCGGUCUGCCUCAUUUUAUCCAAGAUGACAACAUGGAUGCAGAUGCACCGAUUUAUGGGAAUUUCAAGCUUUCUCUCCAGGCAAUGGUCUGUCAUCGCGGCAACUCCGUCGACUCGGGACACUAUAUUUCCAUAGUCCGUGGGACCAGUGCCAACCUUACACCCUCCACCUCUAGUGGUAGCUCCGACAUGCUUGAGACGCCGAAACACUGGAUGCGCUUCGAUGAUCUCGCUGCAGAACGAGUGACCCUCAUUGAUAUUGAAACUGCAUUGAGGACGGAGUCACCUUAUCUUCUAUUUUACCAAAUUCUUCCUAUUAACCAAGACGCCUCGCUGGCUAAUCUUCCCAACAAAGCACCCUCGUCACGUGCAUCCGAUGCUACUCUUGACGUGGACAUGGCCGACAUCGCCCAGAAAUACCGAUACGUUUCUGGAAAUGAAACAGAUGGAAGCGUGACCGAAGUGAACUCUGCUCGGCCCAGUUUUGAAAUCACUGCUCCUGAUAGCCCGAGCGCCCAAGCCUUGAAUAGUACCGGGAGAAGACCUUCCAGUGUGAUCUUCUCCGAGACAGCACCCACCGGUCCCCAGGCACGAUCAAUAUCGUCCAUGUCGCCAAAGUUAGCCCCCAUGGAAGAAGAAGCGCCAAAGAACUCAUUUAGUUUCCGACGGGGUUCACGCAAUUCCAAGAGCAACCCAGGGAGUCGCGCCGGUAGCCGAGCCGCCAGCCAGACCGGGGAUAACAAGAUCGGUACAACUUUUUCCCGCUUUACUGGGCGAUUGAGCAAGGAUAGGUUCACCAGUGAUGGGGAAGGGGAUGAGUCUGCCAAUGAGGUAGAUGAGACAAUCCCAGAUGAAAUGAAACUUGGUCCUGCCGCAUACGACAGUAAAGAGAAGACUGGCAGAGGCCGAACGAAAGACCGCGCCACAAGGGACAAGACAAAGGACAAGUCGAAGGAGAAGGUGAAAGAGAAGACCCGAAAGCCGGAGCGAGAGUGUGUUGUGAUGUGA